UUGGGCACAUGACGAAGUUAAUAAUGUAAAGAGAUGAGAGGUCUCUAAAGUAAAAAGGAGACAUUCCCCAAUCAAUCAAUCAUUCAUUCAUUCAACCAAAUAAACAAAAAAAUUCAGCUCAAACUUGCUUCUUCAGUUCUCAGCAAAGCCAUUUUUCUGAAUCCUUUCUCUCUCUGACUGUCACUCUCUCACUCAACCCUUCUCCUCUCUCGCGCCACACACACACACACACGCACACGCACAUAGACGUGUAUACAUGCGUGUAUGCGCAGGUUGAGUGGCUGAGAACUGAAACAAUCAUAAUUGGCGGUCGCCCGUUUUUCUUGUUGUUUAGCUAAUGAAUUCGAGUUGAUGUACUCCGAAUCUUCAUCAAAGAUCCGGAUUACUCAGAAUCUUGAAUUGAUUUUUUCUGGGCCCGAAUCCGGGAGCUUGGCAAAUUGACGUUUGUUGAUGUUGGUUUGAUUCUUGCUGCUCCCGAUUGCGAGAAAUCCUCCGCAUAUUGUUUUUAGUUGACAAGUCUGGAGGCUAAGUCAAUAUAGAUGGGCUUGAUCAGGGAAUUGAGAGGAAGAGCAGAGGAAACCUUUUUGGGAUCAGUGCUGUGAUAGAAAGAUUUGUCACAUUUUGGUGGCAAAGAAAUCAGCUUGAUCUUAAAAUCUAGACAGCGAUGGUUGCUUUUGGGAAAAAGUUGAAGGAAAGACAAAUCCAAGAAUGGCAGGGAUACUACAUCAACUACAAAUUAAUGAAGAAAAGGGUGAAGCAAUACGCUAGUCAAAUUGAAGCUGGAGCACUGGAUCGUCGCCAUGUUCUCAAGGAUUUCUCGAGAAUGCUUGAUAUUCAGAUAGAAAAAAUUGUUCUCUUUCUGUUGGAACAACAAGGACUAUUCGCAAGAAGGAUUGCGCAGCUGAAUGAGCAACAAGAGGCUCUUCAGGAAGAGCCUGACAUAUCCAAAAUAUCUGAGCUCCGAGAAGCUUAUAGGGCAGUUGGGCGGGACCUUCUAAAGCUUUUGUUUUUUGUUGAAAUGAAUGGCAUUGGUCUGCGAAAGAUCCUUAAGAAGUUUGAUAAGCGGUUUGGCUACAAAUUCACUGAUUACUAUGUCAAAACUCGUGCAAAUCAUCCUUAUUCCCAGCUUCAGCAAGUAUUCAAGCACGUGGGUUUAGGAGCUGUUGUGGGAGCUAUAUCUCGCAAUCUCGCAGAUCUUCAGGACCGCCAGGGAAGCUACUUAUCAAUCUAUGAUGAACCUGCACUUCCUCUCCAGGAUCCUGUUGUUGACUCACUAAAAGCAGCUGUUGACAGAGUAACCUACUCAACAAAUUUCCUCGACUUUUUGGGCCAACAUGCACUUAUCAUGCAUGAAGAGUUACCUUCUCCCGUCGAGGAACAUGUUGACGAUCAGAGAUACCAUUUCAUGUCACUUCUUCUAAACUUGGCGAACACUUUCCUUUACAUGGUUAAUACAUAUAUUAUUGUUCCCACAGCAGAUGACUACUCUAUGAGCCUUGGGGCAGCAGCAACGGUGUGUGGUAUUGUGAUUGGGGCAAUGGCAGUAGCACAGAUAUUUUCCUCUGUAUAUUUCAGUGCUUGGUCUAACAAGUCAUACUUCAGACCUUUGGUAUUUAGCAGCAUAGUUCUUUUUAUUGGAAAUGCGAUGUAUGCAAUGGCUUAUGAUCUCAACUCAAUAUCAAUACUUUUGCUUGGUCGAGUAUUUUGUGGUUUGGGUUCUGCCAGAGCAGUUAACAGACGUUACAUUAGCGACUGCGUGCCACUUAAAAUCCGCAUGCAGGCUUCAGCAGGUUUUGUUAGUGCUAGUGCUUUGGGAAUGGCAUGUGGUCCUGCCCUUGCCGGGUUGCUGCAAACUAAUUUCAAAAUCUUCAAUAUCACGUUUAAUCAAGAUACUUUGCCUGGUUGGGUAAUGACUGUGGCAUGGUUGAUCUAUUUAGUAUGGUUAUGGAUCUCAUUUAGAGAACCUGCUCAUGAGACUGAAGUCAAUCAUGCCCCCCCAACACAAUCUAAUGCUGCAGAAAAUGAUAAGCUCGAGAAAGGCCUGGUACAACCAUUACUUACAUCGAAGGAACAUGAACAAGGUGAUGACGAUCAAGAAUGUGAUGCGAGUGAAGAGGCUCCGGAGGAAUCUCGUCUAGCAGCUAACUCUUUAGGAUCGGCCUAUAGGUUACUCACACCUUCUGUUAAGGUUCAGUUGUUGAUUUACUUCAUGCUUAAAUAUGCAAUGGAAAUUCUACUUUCAGAAUCAAGUGUAAUCACAACAUACUAUUUUGGUUGGACAACAAGCACAGUGUCAAUUUUUCUUGCCUGCCUCGGACUUACAGUUCUUCCGAUUAACAUUGUUGUUGGAAGUUACAUAAGCAAUAUGUACGAGGACAGGCAAAUAUUACUGGCAUCUGAAAUUGUGGUCCUCCUGGGUAUACUUUUCAGCUUCCAUUUUAUUGUCCCAUAUUCUGUUCCACAAUAUGUCUGCUCAGGCCUCGUCAUGUUUGUGGCUGCUGAAGUAUUGGAAGGGGUCAAUUUAUCACUUCUCUCCAGAGUAAUGUCAUCCAGGCUUUCUCGUGGAACCUACAAUGGUGGCCUUCUGUCGACGGAAGCCGGGACACUUGCCCGAGUGAUUGCCGAUGCAACAAUCACCCUUGCAGGUUAUUUGGGGCAGAGUAGGCUCUUAAACAUCACCCUCAUUCCUUCCCUCGUCAUUUGCAUAGCAUCUAUUGUUGCGACAUGUUGUACCUAUAAUUCUCUGUACUAAGUCAGCUUCUGUAUCUAGACGAUUUCCUCGAGUCGAGAAUCUCCAGUGGUCUCAUUCUUUAUUUGUUGCCCUCAAUACUGUUCUCUGUUAGCCUGAAAUUUUGGUUAUGUUGGUCCCAAAAAUUUAGGUCUUCAAUGCUUGGCGAAUGUUGUAAAUUUGAAGGAAAAAACAGUCCGUUUCUUCCUCAUUCUGGGCAUUCUGGAGCUGUAACAUAUGACCAUUUUUGUCUUUCUCUGGAGUUGCUACAAAAUCUUCUUUGAUC